GCCAGCGAGAGUGGCAUUAGUGAAGAAGACGAAGACGUCUCAGUAUCCGUUGUUUUAAACGGCGAAGAAUAUGAUAUGACUUUCGUCGAUGAAGAUGAUCCCGAUACAGUGGAGGAAGAGAGAUUGAAAAGAGAAAAUAUAAAAGCUGUUUUAGUUCUACUUUCGGUGACGGACCGCUCGUCAUACUAUGAAGCAGAUCGAAUGUGUAGCGAAUUAUGCAAACGCUCUAUUCAAGUUCCCAUUGUUCUAGUAGCUAACAAAAUCGAUCUUGUACGGAAAAGAGUCAUCCACUUGAAUGGAGAUCAAUGUCUGUGGCAAACAAACAAUGUCCAAACAUUGAACAGUCUCAUUUUGCAAUACAGCAGCGUGAAUAUGAGCAAGUCGGUCGAUUUUAUAGCUAACGCUAUCCAACGAGAACUAUCAACAUCCUCCAGACGUCCUUCGGCUGUAUUUGAGCAGUUAGUAACCAUGGAGAUAUUAGAAGAAGUGCCAGAUAUCUAUUCUUCUACUUUCCGGGCCGAAACUCUGCGAACUGCGUUGAAAACGUCUUCACGUCGAAUUCGACGCUUCGAUUCUUCGGAUGAAUAUCGAACAUUUACUAAACACUUAUACAAGGUUCAAACUUUUCCUACUUUAGUUAAAAUUGAUCGAGCACCUAUCAAGAAGGAAACUUUGGUGGAACUAUCUAAACCUCAUUGGGCUAACUACAGAGGGAAAAGCGUCGCCAGAUCUUUGACCCAAUUAAGGAGACUGAGCGCCGACGAGUAUUCGGCACUUGUUCGACCUUCUGAGUGA